ACAGAUCGACGGCGCGUGCAGGACGUGGUGGUGCUGGUGCUGACGUCGGGGCGGGACCCCGGGAUCAUCCCCCGGAACGCGCGUCCGCCGGAGCCCGACGACGCCGACAGCACGGCCUCCCCCGCCGCGGCGAGCACCGCGCCGUCGUGGUCGCUCCCCCCGACGCGCGACGUGUACGUGAACGGCACCGUCGUCAAGGUCAAGUACUGCCAUACCUGCAUGCUCUACCGGCCGCCGCGCUGCUCCCACUGCUCCGUCUGCAACAACUGCGUCGACCGCUUCGACCACCACUGCCCCUGGGUGGGCCAGUGCAUCGGCCGGCGGAACUACCGCUUCUUCUUCAUGUUCAUAUCUUCGACGACGUUCCUGUGCCUCUACGUGUUCGGCUUCUGCUGGGUGAACCUGUACCUCAUCUCCCGGCAGUACGGCGUGGGGCUCGGCCGCGCCGUCGCCGACUCGCCGGUGUCGGGGUUCCUCAUCGCCUACACCUUCGUCACCGCCUGGUUCGUCGGCGGGCUCACGGCGUUCCACUCCUACCUCGUCUGCACCAACCAGACCACGUACGAGAACUUCCGGUACCGGUACGAGGGGAAGGCCAACCCCUUCAACCGCGGCGCCGCCGCCAACGUCACCGAGAUCUUCUUCUCGCCGAUCCCGCCGUCGAGGAACGACUUCAGGGCCAAGGUCUCCCCCGCCGACCCCGACGCCGCCGCGCUCUACUACCUCGGCCCGCUGUCGUCGGAGUCGAGGAUCAGCUUCUACACACGGGGCAGCCUCAGCUUCGACAUGGCCAAGGCCAGCUUCGACCUCAACUACUCCGCCAAGCGCACCAGCGUCGCCUCGUCCUCCGACUUCGGUGACAUCUACGGCGGCCAGGGCCACGGCGGCGGGCUCGACCGGGUCUCGACGCACCAGCAACCGCGGCACUCUAUCUUCGGUGGGCCUGGCAGGGAGAGCAGGAAGGUGGAGGAGGAAGCCGACGCGGUCACGGCGGAGCUCGGGGCGACGAAGCCGCAGUACGGCGGCGGCGCCGGCCGGCCGCGCGGGGGGGAGUUCGAGGUGGUGUGAAUGGGAAUCGCGAAUGGGAAUGCGAUUUGAGUGCGUGUGUUUUUCGUGUGAUUGUGUCCGUGUCCGUGUAUGU